ACGCGUAGUGAGUCUGUUUGACCGACCUUCAGUAAAGCCGGUACCGCCAUGUUCUCUCGGGCUAGCCUCGUUGGGGUCUCGGCCUGGGCUUUGCAGCCGCAAUGACGUUCUGAUGGGCACUGAAGAAACGAAGGUGAAUUGAAAAAAUGCAGUCAUGGGCUGAUGGUAGUUUUGAUGCAGAAGGGACCUUAAAGAUCUGUCUGUGCAAGGAGAAGGGAAGGACACCUCGUACUAUCAUGAAACCAUUAUGCUGCAGUAGUGACCCUGCAAGGUCAUGAAAUUGCCCAAAGAGCAGGAGAUAGAUGCCAUCUGUUAACUGCCAUGCAGGAUCCAAGUUCGAAAUAUGGCAACUUUGAAAGAUAUUACCAGGCGACUAAAAUCAAUCAAAAACAUCCAGAAAAUUACCAAGUCUAUGAAAAUGGUAGCAGCAGCAAAAUAUGCCCGAGCUGAGAGGGAGCUGAAACCGGCUCGAGUAUAUGGAGUAGGAUCUAUGGCUCUCUAUGAAAAAGCUGAUAUUAAGGCGCCUGAAGACAAGAAGAAGCACCUCAUUAUUGGUGUAUCCUCCGACCGGGGGCUCUGUGGUGCUAUUCAUUCCUCAGUCGCUAAACAGAUGAAAAGUGAAGCGGCCACGCUCACGGCAGCCGGAAAAGAAGUUAUGCUUGUUGGAGUUGGUGAUAAAAUCAGGAGCAUACUUUAUAGGACUCAUUCUGACCAGUUUCUGGUGACAUUCAGAGAGGUGGGAAGGAAACCUCCUACUUUUGGAGAUGCGUCGAUUAUUGCCCUUGAAUUACUAAAUUCUGGAUAUGAAUUUGAUGAAGGAUCUAUCAUCUUUAAUCGAUUCAGGUCUGUCAUCUCCUAUAAGACAGAUGAAAAGCCCAUAUUUUCCCUUGAUACCAUCGCAAGUGCUGAGACCAUGAGUAUUUAUGAUGAUAUUGAUGCUGAUGUGCUGCAAAAUUACCAAGAAUACAGUCUGGCAAACAUCAUCUACUACUCUCUAAAGGAGUCCACCGCUAGUGAGCAAAGUGCAAGAAUGACAGCUAUGGACAAUGCUAGCAAGAAUGCUUCUGAGAUGAUUGACAAACUGACUUUAACAUUCAAUCGCACCCGUCAAGCUGUCAUCACAAAAGAAUUGAUUGAAAUCAUCUCUGGUGCUGCAGCUCUGGAUUAAUGAAAAUCAAAGGUCAGCCUCAGACAAGAGGUAAAGAAGAGAAAUUAAGCCAGCUGAUUUUAUUUCACUUACUGCUGUCCUUGUCAGAAGACAUUGUUGGUCGAUUGUUCAGAUUAUGAAAGAUAGCAAGAUAUUUGUAAAUUAUCGUACAAUAAACAACAUACAAUUUAAAA